GUCCUGCAGCUCAUGGCGUGUGGCAGUCACUCUUAUACCUGUCAUAUCCAAUACGAGGUAUCUUCGGUAGAGUCGCGGAGUAUGACCUGAAGAGGCGGGAAGCAAAUGCCUAGCCCACUUUGUCAACCAGGAAGUCACGAGAACCGCGGCGCUUGCUUUCACGACUUCAUUCUCUUACGCCACUUCGUUUACUUACUCAUAGUCAGUAUACCAAAGCCAAUCCAUGCCAUUGUUUGUGGGAGUCAUCAUCUACAUCGUCUGGGUACACGAGUUCGAGAUCGACCCAAUAGCGGACCUCAUUCAGCACGUCGGGCAAAUUGCGCAGCCCAUCUUCGACGGAGGGGUGCGCAUCAACCACCACGCCAACUUCCAUCAGCCGCGCGGUAUCAGAUCUGCCAUCCAGAGGCUGUUGCUGGCAAGCGUGUGGUAUUACUGGUCGACGUGGAUACUCACUGGCAUCAUCACAGCGUCUGGUGGCCCCUCUUCUGGGCUGGAGGACGCCGAGGACGCCAAGGUCGCGCAGAUGAGAGAGGAGGCGCGCGCUCUGUACCUGCAUUGAACUCUGUGUGAAGUGGGGUCUGCUGGCCUUGGCGUUUGUUGUGGUGGGGCAAAGGGAAGAUUCGAGAGCUUGAGAGUCAGAUUCAGCUGGCUGCAGCGAACGCACAUCUUCUCGUUCGUUCUUCCGC